AGCUAAAUUAUUAUUAUAACCGAUAGGAUGAACCCAAGCGGCUAUCGGUGAAAAAAAAAUCAAAUCAGUAGGGAAUUCAAACUCCAUUUAAACUCUUCUUCUUUCUUCUUCAUCAUCGCACACAAAUACUUUUUGAUGAAUAAUGUCAGAACCACAACCACCAUUUUCUUCAUCAGCCAUGGAUCCUCUCGGCUUGCUCAAAAAUAAACUCAACCCCGACGGUUCCCUCACCAGAAACGACGUCAUUCCGAGGGUUCCUCCUUCCCCGACACCCCCCACUUCCGAACCCUCUCUUUCCGUCGACAUCCCUCUCAAUGCCGCCGCCAACACCUCCCUCCGCCUCUUCCUCCCGCACCCUCCGCCCCCCGAAAAACUCCCCCUCAUCCUCCACUUCCACGGCGGCGGAUUCAUCCUCUACCACCCCUCCUCCGUCAUCUUCCACCACUUCUGCGCCUCCCUCGCCGCCUCCCUCCCAGCCGUCAUCGCGUCACUGGACUACCGACUCAGCCCCGAACACCGCCUCCCGGCCGCCUACGACGACGCCCUCGAAGCCCUCCUCUGGGCCCAGACACAGGCCCGUGACCCAGCCCAGGCCCAUCCCUGGCUCCGCGACCACGUGGACUUCUCCAAGUGCUUCCUCUUGGGAAGCAGCGCCGGAGGAAACAUCGCCUACUUUGCAGCGCUCCGUGCACUCGACCACGAUCUCUCCCCUCUCAAAAUCCGCGGCAUAUUGAUGAACGCCCCCUUUUUCGGUGGGUCCCAGCGCUCUGACUCCGAACUCCGUCUAGUUAACGAUCGUAUCUUGCCGUUAUCCGUUACCGACCUCAUGUGGUCCCUCUCGCUCCCCGAGGGCGCGGAUCGCGACCACGAGUACUGCAAUCCGACGGCGGCGGAGGCCGCUCAUGGCGAAAAGAUCGGACAGCUGCCGGCGUGUUUCAUCAACGGGUACGGUGGAGAUCCCUUGGUGGACAAGGAGAAGGAAUUGGUGAAGAUUUUGGAGGCGCGUGGCGUGCGCGUGGAGAAACGGUUCGUGGAGGACGGGUACCACGUUGUGGAGAUCUUUGAUGAAGCUAAAGCCCUUGUUUUCUACCAAGAUAUUAAGAACUUCGUCUUCUCUUUCACUUCUCAAUCCUCUAUUUGACUCUUUCACUGCUUCUUCUUCUUAUUUGUUUUUUAAUGUUUACGAUUAUUAUUUUAAAAUGCAAGUUAGUUUGAUGUUACAGAGGGAAUGCCAUUGUGCAUGAAAAAAGGUUUGUAAUAAAUGUGAUGAAUGCAACUGAGUAAGUGUUUUUAUAUA